CCAUUAUAGUCCAAGCACCACUCAUUUCUGAAACUGCUCUCUGCCUAUACAGAGCUUUGGUCCUUUUCAUAUAAAGAGCUCAGUUGGGCUAAAAGGUAACCUCAGAGAGAGAAUAAUUCCAUUUUAUGACUAAGGAAACCAAGGUUCCUUAAGAUGUAGCAGCUUGCCCAAAUCUCCCAGCUAGUGAGCAAGAGGGUAGACUUCAAAUCCAAGGCUUCUACCUCUAUCUGUAAUCACUAGCCACGUGUGGCUGUUUAACUUACUACAAUUAGGUAAAGCUUAAAAUUCACUUCCUCAGUCCCACCAGAGACAUUUCAGGGGCUCAAUAACUACAAACGACUACUUCCUACCAUGUCAGAGAGUACAUGCAUGACAUUUCCAUUGUUGGAGAAAGUUCUAUCGGACAGCACUAGACUUUGGUGACUGCUUGAAGUUAAGAAACAAUAACAAACACUUGUGUUUGAGUCCUGACUCUCAAGACUGAAUUUGUGUGAGUUCUAUUUAUUCUGUGCUUCAGUUUCUUAAUCUAUAAAGUGGAGAUAAUGUAAACAAUCUGACACAGUACUUUUCAAAUAGGCACUAAAUAAAUGAUAGCUGAUCAUUCCACCAGCACAGUAUCUAAAUUGAUAAUUUUCAUUGUGCUAGGCAUGGAGGUGGUGGGGGAGAGACCUUAUGCCUGUUCGAGAGAGUUGGGGGAUGGGUAGUGAAAACUAAGUGUGUAAAUUGGUGUAUUGAAGUGUUUUCAUAUGCACAAACAAAUCUGGCAGUCUACAGUGGGUGUAUUUAUGGGAGGGGAGGGGGUUUGGGAAAAGUUUCAGAAGGGUUAGCCUUUGAGCUGAGCUUUCAAAAGAGUUUCUUCCAAAUCACCAAAGAAGUCUCGAGGUAAUGUUAAAGGGAAGAGGGAUAGAGGUGGGAGUAACCUGAACAGCUAUCAUCCCUUUUAUGACAUUACCUCUGUGACCUCCCCAACUGCUGCCUUACAGAAUUAGGUGUGCCCUCCUCUGGGGCACAUGGCUAUGUUCUAGCUUUGCAGUAAAUGCUAAAGAUGCUCAUGGUGAAGCUGGAUUUUCACUAGAGUAUGGCAGCUGCUCACACAACCCUCACAGGACAGCAUUGCCAAGGUGAGCCAGCCAUUUCUCACAGAUCCAUCUCCCAGGGUCCAGAGCCCCUAAAACCAGGUUUGAGGCUGAGGAGAAAGAACAGACUGGAUGGUUGCCAACAGCCUGCCACCUUCUGGGGGCAUUCCUUUUGGGAAGCCCAGUCUCCAACCAAGGGAGGUUGGGAAGAGUGAUCUCAGGUUGAGGUUGGCUGGACAGUGAGGUUGAGGAUCCACCUUCAUUGUACUGGCAGAUCUACCCCGUAGUUCACAAAGCUGGGUUCUUAGACCCGAGUACUCUUACUUGGACUCUGCUUGAAUGAGCACUGCUGGAGUUUGUACCUCAAAUUGCUCCUUUGGUACUUUUGUGCCUAAUAGGUAACCCAUCUGAGUGAUAAUGUGUAAUUAUGUUAAAUAAGAGUGGGGUUUUGGAGUCCGACCUGAGUUCCAUUGCUGGCUGUCCUGUGUGAUUUUAGGCGAAUUAACAUUUUGGAGCCUUAUUUAUGUCACCUGUGACCUUGGAAGAUCAUACUUUGCCACAACCUCCAAAAAGGUUAAGUCUGCAGUCUGGAGGGCUGUGGCUGUUACAUUUUUUCUGUGGUUGACUCAAACAAUAAUCUGUUUUCCUAUUUCUGAGUUGGUGGUGUGGGGUGGGGGCAAGGGGGAGAUUGUGCUGCACUCUGUACUUUCCCAUUGUUUCCCCCAUAUACUGCCCUGGCUUUCAGAUCAAUCCCCAAGGAUCUUACCCUAGGCCCAUUCGCCUUGCUCUGUAGAUCUGAUCCAGUUUCACUAGGCUCCAGCCACACUGGUUGCCUUUUAGUUCCCAGGGAAGGUUCUUACCCUCCUCAGGGCUGUUGCUGAGACUUUCCUCUCCCUGGAAUACUAUUCCUUUUCUCUUCCCUAGCCAACUCCUGACCUCCUUUGCGUUGUGUAGUCUUCAGCUUAAAUGUCACCUCUUCAGAAAGGACAUCUUUGCCUUCUCUAAACUUUAUCCCCUUCCUGGUUUCAGUUUACUGCUUGUUGAUUGCCCUUAUCAUACCUACAGCUGUUUUAUUUUUUUGUUGCUUGCUAUUUUGUUUUCCCUCCACUGGGCUGUAACCCCCAUGAGGUCAGGGGUCACCUCUAGUUUCUUCUUCCAGUCUCCAGCACCUAGCUUGCUGCCUGCCUAUCACGGUUGCUGUCUAUAAAUACUGUGGAAUGACCCAAACCACGGGAACCAUGACCCUGAAGUUAACUGGCAGUGCGGUGCUCUGUGCUUCCACCUUCGGUGAGGUCCGGAUUUUAGCCCGCUGGAGGGAGUCCGCAACCCACUACCUGAGCCCUGAUUGUGCCCGGGGAAUGGUUUCCAGGGCGACAGCAAACAGAGGGCGGGGCCUCGGAACUGAGGGCUUCUCUCCAGCCUCCGCUGGGCCCUCCCCUGAGUAGAGGCGGUGUGCAGAGGGGAGGCGGGCUCUCGAGCGCCGGGACAGCGCUUGCAGUGAGCGGCGCAUGCAGGGCCCCGGCGCCUCCCUGCUACUGAGCGUGGGGGAGCUGGGGGCCGCGCCCCGGGGUUCUGCUGCCUGGUUCUGCCGGGAGGGCGGCCCGGUGUGCAGCUGGCGGCGGAAGCCGCAGCCUACGGAGUCACGCACCAGAACCUCCGCCCCAUGGCUGUGUGCGCACCACACCGAGUUCCAGCCUCCCGAGAAGCUGCCGGGACCUGGGCCUGCCUCCGCCCGUCCCGAGGGGGCUCGCGCAGGCCGCAAACGCGGGGCCGGGAGCCCCGCCGCUGCGCGCGGCCUAAGCCGCGCGUUCGAGUUGCCGGCCUACGGCAUCCACGCGCAGAGCACCGCGGAUCUCUGCCGUUUCAGGUCCCCGCACACCUCGGCCCUGGAUGAUGCCCAGUCACAGGAGGAUGAGGCCCGUUGCGGCCUGCCCAUCCUGGUCGGAGGUGGUGGAGAGGACGAGACGAUUUGGGGUUCCCUUGUCCUCUGGCGAGGAUUCUCCAAGGCGUCUCACCACAUGGGCCGGCUCAGAAACGCCAGGAUCCACGUGGAGAGAGCUGUCAAGCAGAAGAAGAUCUUUAUGAUCCAAGGCCGCUACCCAGUGAUACGGUGCCUCUUGCGCCGGAGAGGCUGGGUGGAGAAGAAGAUGGUCCAUCACUCAGGCACCACCCUGCCGCCACCCCAGAAGGAUCUGGAUAGCUCAGUAAUGGGUGAUAGUGACACCACUGAGGGUGAGGAUGAAGACGAGGACAAGGCGUUUCGGCCACCACAGCUGUUUGACUUUGAUGAUUUACUGGAAUUUGAUGAUCUAGAUGGGACACAUGCUCUGAUGUCCCGCAUGGUUCGGAACGAGAUCCCCUAUUUCAUCUGGACCACUCGGCGGGACGUGUUGGACUGUCAAAUCCUCUCCAAGGAUCAGAUGAUAAACCACUAUGCCCGGGCUGGCUCCUUUACCACAAAGGUGGGUCUGUGUCUCAAUCUCCGGAAUUUGCCGUGGUUUGAUGAGGCUGAUGCUGAUUCCUUCUUUCCACGCUGCUACCGCCUGGGUGCUGAGGAUGACAAAAAGGCCUUCAUAGAGGACUUCUGGCUGACAGCUGCCCGCAACGUUCUCAAGCUGGUGGUGAAGUCCGAAUGGAAGUCGUUCUCUAUCCAGGCAGAAGAGGAAGAGGCCCCAGGAGACAAGCAGCCCAAGAAACAGGAGAAAAAGCCAGCGACAGUGUCCCCAGAGUUUGUGGAUGAGGCUUUGUGUGCCUGUGAGGAGCACCUUAGCAACCUGGCUCACAUGGACAUCGACAAGGGCCUGGAGGCGCCACUGUACCUCAGCCCUGAGGGCUGGUCCCUCUUCCUCCAGCGCUACUACCAAGUGGUCCAUGAGGGGGCAGAGCUCAGGCACCUCGACACUCAGAUCCAGCGCUGUGAGGACAUCCUGCAGCAGCUGCGGGCCGUGGUGCCGCAGAUAGACAUGGAAGGAGAUCGCAACGUCUGGAUCGUGAAGCCGGGAGCCAAGUCCCGAGGACGAGGCAUCAUGUGUAUGGACCACUUGGAGGAGAUGCUGAAGCUGGUAGACGGCAACCCCAUGAUGAUGAAGGACGGCAAGUGGGUGGUACAGAAGUAUAUUGAGCGUCCCCUGCUCAUCUUUGGCACCAAGUUUGACCUGAGACAGUGGUUCCUGGUGACUGACUGGAACCCACUUACCGUGUGGUUCUACCGUGACAGCUACAUCCGCUUCUCCACACAGCCCUUCUCCUUGAAGAACCUGGACAACUCAGUGCACCUGUGCAACAACUCCAUCCAGAAGCACCUGGAGAAUUCAUGCCAUCGACACCCGCUGCUGCCCUCAGACAACAUGUGGUCAAGCCAGAAGUUCCAGGCCCACCUGCAGGAGAUGGGGGCCCCAAACGCUUGGUCUACCAUCAUCGUGCCUGGCAUGAAGGCUGCUGUGAUCCAUGCCCUACAGACCUCCCAGGACACUGUGCAGUGCCGGAAGGCCAGCUUCGAGCUUUACGGUGCUGACUUUGUGUUUGGUGAGGACUUCCAGCCCUGGCUCAUUGAGAUCAAUGCCAGCCCCACCAUGGCCCCCUCCACGGCUGUCACCGCCCGGCUCUGUGCAGGUGUGCAAGCUGACACCCUGCGCGUGGUUAUUGACCGGCGGCUAGACCGCAACUGCGACACGGGAGCCUUCGAGCUCAUCUACAAGCAGCCUGCCGUGGAGGUACCCCAGUAUGUGGGUGUCCGACUCCUAGUAGAGGGCUCCACCAUCAAGAAGCCCCUGGCAAUGUGUCACCGGCGGAUGGGGGUCCGCCCAGCACUCCCUCACCUGCUGACCCAGCGAGCCUCUGGGGAAGGCAAGGAUUUGGGGACUGUUACUCACAGGUCAGCUCCUAGGAAGGUUGCUGGGGCCAGGAGCCUGGGGCACACUGAGAAGCCAGACUCCACUGCCACCACCUCGGCCCCCGGAAAGGGGAAGAAAGGCAAGGCGAAAUGUGCCUCGGCCCUGGUCUACCCCAAUCUCCGGAAGUGGGAACCCCCCAGCACCAGGAUGGGCUGCAUUUUCACCAUGACCUUUGCUAGUGGGGACAGGCAACCCCACCCCUUGAACAGAUUGCCAUUGAGUCUGAAGAACCCCCAAGCCCUGGCCCCUUACCACUUCCCCAGCCUUCACACCAAGGCCGGGCUGCCUUCUCAUGUGCUCCGAUCCCAGGGGCGGGUCCUCAGACUGCAGCGCAGCAAGUUGGUGGGCUCUAAGGCCCUGUCAACCACAGGCAAGGCCUUGAUGACUCUACCUACUGCCAAGGUUUUGAUUUCCUUUCCACCUAACCCUGAGCUCAAGUUGGCAUCCAGCGUCCUGAAACCAAGAAAGCACCUUCAUGGUCCCUGUCCUGGAAGUUCCUUGUGGCCUCUACCCUUCGAAGUUGGAAAUCUUCCUAGCACCCACAGAAAGAUCAAGGCCAAAGGCAAGUUCAAGGCCAGACUCUGUGACAGACCCAAGGCUGAGACAUGCCUCAUGAAGACAGCCUUCCAGGACCCCUGUCCUUGAUCAGUGCAUACCAGGGUCUAGGGAGCAUGGGGGACAUGAGGCUACAGAAGCCCUUGCUUUGACCCUCACUGCCCCUAUCCUGGAUGCAGUGCCAAAUAAAAAGGAGCAAGUGAAGUAUCCUGGGCUUGGCUCCAUUCCUAUUGGAGGUUGAAGAGAGGGUAGGCUAAGGCCCUGUACCCCAAGGUCCAGAGUGAGAGCUAUAGGCCAUCAGCAACCUUCCACAAAGCAAGGGCCAGAAUUCCCUCACUAGCGACAGAUAUGGGGCUUCCUAUUCGGGGACUCCCUGACAUCUCUGACCUUUGGAUGGGGGGAUAAGCCUCACUUUAUAGAUGAGGAAACUUACAGAUGAAUCUGAAUGAGAGACAUGGCUUGCCCAAGAUCAUAUGGCAGUGAGAAAACUAGGACACUGCCAGACUGCUCACCACUGGGAGAUCCCCAGUCUCCAAGCCCAGGGGAGAAGCUGGGCUAGCAGCAGAGUGACAUCUAAGGGUGUUAGAUUUAUAACGUAAGAUGAAAGAAGGAUGAACCUUGCCUAAACCCAGCCCUUCUCCAGAGGGAGUGGGUCUGUCCCUUCCUUAGCAAGGGGCCAUGGUUGCCUAAAAAGGAAAUAUCAGUAGUAUUUUAGUAUUUCUUAGUUGUAGUGGGUUGAAUGGUAGUCUUCCCUACACCCAAAGAUAUAUCUGCUAGGAAACUGAAUAACUUUAUUUGGAAAAAAAGUCUUUGUCAAUGUGAUUAAGUUAAAGAUCUUGAGAUGAGAGUACUCUGGAUUAUCCAGGUGGGCCCUAAAUCCAAUGACAAGUGUCUUUAUAAUAGUCAGAAGACACAGACACUGGAAGGCCGUGUGAAGAUGGAGGCAGGCUGGUGUGAUACAGCCACAAGUCAAGGCUUGGAGCCACCAGAAGCUGAAAGAGGAAAGGAAGGAUUCACCCCUAGAGGCGUCAGAGGGCACAGCCCUGUUGACAACUUGAUUUCAGACUGGCCUCCAGACAGAUCUAUGACAAAAUUGAUUUCUGUUGUUUUAAGCCACUCGGGUGUGGUAAUUUGUUAUAGCAGUCCUAGGAAACUAACAAGACUAGUCAAGUGGAGAUACAUAUACUCUGAUCCAGCAACUCUUGCAUAACCGAAUCAGGAAAUGCAUACAAGUGAGUUUACACCACUGUUGUGCCAAUAGCCGAAUGACCUGUCUGUUAACAGUAGAAUGGACUGGUGUGGCCAUGCAGUGGAAUUCAAAGCCACACCAUACAUCACAGAUGCAUCUCACAGCGUGGAACAAGAACAAAUCACAAAAGAACAUACACAGCAUGACUCCAUUUAUGGAAACACCAAAGUCGGGCAAAACGAAGUGUAUUGUUAAGGGAUGCAUAUGUAUGUGGAAAACCUUAACAAGACAAGCAAGGGAAACUCCCAUGUCAGGAUAGGGUUUCCAACCUAGGAUGAACAAUAGAACCCCUUGGGGAACUUAAAAGAUUGAUGCCAGGAUCUCCGGCCCAGACUGCUUAAAUUGGUAUCUUUGGGGUGCAGAAUCACAGGGAGGGUACAGCGCUUUUUUAAAGCGUCCUGAGAGGGAGGAGGAGGGGGUUCUACUGUGGGACCAGGGUUGAGAACUACUGCCCUAAUAAGGAAUAAGAGGCAUGUUUCUGUUUCGUGCCCUGAGUGGUGGUUAUAUGGGUGUCACUUUGUAAUUCUUUAAAUCACAGAGAUGUUUAUGUACUCGUUGUAUGUUUGAUAUAUUUCAGUUUUUUACUAUAAAAGAUCUGAGAUCUUCAUUUCAAUAUGAAGUCCCCAGAGUAGUCAGAUUUAUAGGGACAAAGGAGAAUGGGGGCUACUAGCAGAUGGGAAGUCAGUGUUUAAUGGGGCAGAGCUUCAGUUCUGUAAGAUGAUGUGAUGAUUUUGCACAACAGUGUAAAUGUACCUAAUGCCACUGAACUGUUCGCUUAAAAAUGGUUAAAAUGGUAAAUUUUGCUAUGUGUAUGUUACCACAAUUAAAAAACCAAACAUUUCCUCCCAGCUAGAAUUGGGACAGAAACAGCCAAAUAAAAAGACCACAUAUUGAACUCAGCAGAAA